CUUGGUGAGAAUUAAUAUAUUAACUAUCGCCGAACUAUUGAUGUUCAGACAAACCCAACCUUUUGCAUCAAAAUCUUGUCUUUUCCGAUAAAACGUUUCCUACCAAGACUUCAAAAUAACAAUCAUGUCAUUUUCACCCAACAAAGAUAUCCCAGACCUGGCCGGGAAGGUCAUAAUUGUGACCGGUGGUAAUAGCGGGCUCGGCAAAGAAUCCAUCACGCAGCUAGGGAAGCACGCUCCGCGAGAGAUUGUGAUGACAGCCCGGUCUGAGAAAAAAGCCCUUGAAGCCAUUAAGGAGAUCGAGACUGAGGUUCCUGGAAUAAAGCUGACCUUCCUUUCGUUGGACCUUUCAUCCUUCGACUCGAUUAAGAAGGCUGCAAGGUCGAUUUUGGAGCGGUACGAUCGCCUGGACGUGCUGCUCAAUAACGCUGGACUUAUGGGGGUCCCUCCUUCGCUGACGGAAGAUGGCUAUGAGAUGCAUUUUGGCUCGAACCAUAUGGGCCCGGCAUUGUUCACGAAGUUGCUUCUUCCUUUACUUGAGAAAACAUCGAAACUGCCAGGUAGCGACGUUCGCGUUGUUCAACUCAGUUCCGACGCCCACCAAUUUGGACCCAAGGAAGGCAUUCUCUUCUCCCAGCUCAAGACCACCCAGGCAGACAUCUCCGGCACCGCUCGUUAUGGCCAAUCGAAAUUGGCAAACCUGCUAUACAUAAAGUCUCUAGCCAAACGAUACCCGGGCAUCAAAUGCGUAUCACUUCAUCCUGGGGUGGUUAAAACCGGCCUCGCCACAGAAAUGAUGAAAAGAUACCCGUAUCUUCAGUGGCUAUUCAAAAUCGUCGUCAACCUAUUUUUCACCGAUGUGCACAAAGGUGCAUACGGCCAGCUUUGGGCAGCGACAGGUCGUUCUAGUGAGCUAGAAUCAGGUGCAUAUUAUGUACCUCUGAAGAAGAAGGUGACGGGCAACAAGAUGGUGAACAAUGAUGAACUAGCAGAAAAGCUUUGGGAUUGGACAGAACAAGAGCUCUUGACCCAUAACUUAUGAGGCAAGGCCCGGAGAUCUCCUAUGUUUCUAUAUGUUUUGACUUUUUGCUCGAUAAUAGAAGUAGUGUGGACUUUGCUUUUUAGCUUGUUAAUUUUGUACUUUAUU